AUGGACUCUUCAGCUGCAAGCUGUGUCUCCUCACCAUCUGAAAGACCUCUGGACCCAUGUAUGGUCCCCCUGCUGGUUUGGGUCUCGGUAUUUGGUCUAGUGUCAAAGGCAGGAGGAGUCAGAUUUGAAAAUAGACACGACAAGCGGGUUGUAGAGUCUCAGAGCCGUUAGAGGAGGACUCCGAGCAGGACCUACACCGUGAGUACACUUCUGUAUUUACUCUCAGUUUGUGUUUGAGUCCGCUCAGAUAUCAGCCAAUUUACAACCUUUGUGAUCAUUUCUUUAUCUUUUCCUUGAAGUAAUAAUCAUCAUUUUAAUCAUUUUGCACUGCAGAUCUUAGCGUCUCGGUCUGAUUGUAUUUCCAUGAAGAAAUGAUCAUAAAUGUUCUUCCUUGAGCUGCAGCACCCCGCUGUAGCGCAUCGGUAUUAUAUCUGUGAAAAAGCAGCUGCUCCGUUUUAACCGUGUUAUUGUUAUUAACUUCAAACACACUAAAUAUAACACAGAAUAAACUUAAUGAUCUUAUAAAUAUUAGAAAAAGGCAGAGACUCUUUCUUUGUUUUGGGGUUCACAGGAACUGCUGGACUUCCUUGAGACUUUAUUCUUUAUUUAAACUGGAACAAAAGCUUUUUAAAACAGGUGUAGACGAGUCACAGGUCAAGUGUUUGUCUUUGGUCUGUAGAGAUUGAUGUCCUGUAAGAUGGAAAAAGUGAUAUAACUGCAGACCAGCAUGACUGUGGAGUCAUUUUCCCUGACCGAACAGGUUUUAUGAUACCUGAUAAUAAAGUAUCUGGACCGUUCUAGUCCGCACCGGUCUGCUGGCUCUGUGGGGGGUCAAACAAAGAGCUCUGAUGAUGGUCUGGAAACAGUGGAGACGCGUCACUGCGCUCACCUGUGGUUACCUGUAAACAUGGCUGACUGCCAGGGUUCAGGUCGAAUUACGUCCGUGAAGGUGACGAGCUCAGAGGACGGCUCAGAGGUCUGUGUGCUGGUCUGGUUUCAUGGAGGACACAGCUGCAGAAAGGUAACGACUCCUUUUUAAGCUGCUCAGAACUUGUUGUUGUUAAAACUCCUUUAAUGGGUCCAGAACCACAGAGUCCAGGUGAAAUGUUGUAAAGUCAGCUGGUGGAGUCGAUCACAAACUUUGGUCAUGUUUUCUCAAACUGGGCGUCCUCUGGCGCCUCUCAUGACAUGUUUGCAAGACAAGAAGCUGCAGAAACUUCUUAGUUUGAGUAAAUUUAGUGUAAAAACCAAACGAACUUUUGAAACGUCGGGAUCACUUUAGUGCGGUGAGGAAAGUUCCAGACAUGUUUGAGUGUUUGACCUUGUUGCUGUGGACGUUUAUAUUUGUCUUGUUUUAAACCUCUCCUGGAAGGUCACCUUGAGUGUUUUGAAAGGCGCCUAUGAAGACAAUGCAUGAUUAUUAUUAUUAUUAUUAUUGUUAUUAUUAUUAUUGUUAUUUUUGUUAUUUUUUGUUAUUAUUAUUAUUUUGUUUUUUUUGUUAUAAUUAUUAUUUUUUAAUUAUUUUGUUACUUUUGUUUUUAUUGUUAUUAUUAGUGUCAUUAUUAUUCUUAUCAUUAUUAUUAUUAUAAAUAUUAUUUAUUUAGUUGUAUUGUAUCAUUAUUAUAAUUAUUAUUUGAAAUUAUUAUUAUUUAAAUUUUUGUUAUUAUUAUUAUUAUUAUUAUUAUAAAUAUUAUUAUCAUAAUAAUAAUAUUUAUAAAAAUAAUAAUAAUGAUUAUCAUUAUUAUUAUUAUUGUUGUUGUUAUUAUUAAUAAUAAAUUAUCAUCAUUUAAAAAAAAAUAAUUAUUAUUAUUUAUUAAUAAUAAUAAUAAUAAUAAUAAUAAUUAUUAUUAUUAUACAUUAUCAUCAUCAUUUUAAUUAUUUUUAAAAAAUUAUUUCUAAAUGAUUUUUUUGUUAUUAUUAUGAUAAUAAUUAUAAUUAUUGUUAUUAUUAUUGAUCAGGAGUUUCUACUUUAAAAAAAAUAACUAAUAAAGCACCACUUUCCUGGUUUACAGUCAUCACCUGCUCUGACUCUUUGAACCAGGAAAUAUUUUCACUUUUAUAAAGGAGUCACUGAUCAAUACUCUUUUUAUUGGAGUAUUGAUUUUGGUUCACACUGAGUCACAGCUCACUCAACCUGACAGACUCUCUUGGAGACAUUAAAACCAGACUGUGAAACCGCUCUGAUGACAAGGUAGGGAAAUAUUUACCUUAUCUCUUUGAACUCUGCCUGUGUCUGCUGAAACCUCCUCCUCCUCCUUCCUGAGGUAUCAGUCAUACAGUAACCAAAACUCUUCUGAGUCUCAGUCUAACAUAUACACAGAUAGUACAGUCCCUGUUUUGUUUUAACAUGACUGAAAUGAGAACAGGUUGAGAAAGAGUCCCUGAGGUCGACUCAUCUGUUUCAGAAUGACUUCAGACUGAGAUGAUGAAAGGUUGGGACUUUACUUUGGCAACAGUGGAUGAGUGUUGUAAUUAGAGAAGUUGAUGUCAACACCAGGAUCAUGUUUAAGUGGGUUUUGACCGGAGGCUCGUCUGAACAAUGGUCUUAAAUUUUCUAUAAGGGGAUUACCCACAACAACGCUGAAGGACACGACUCAUGGACUCACAAUGGAGGGUCUUCCUCAGUAACAUUCAACAGGAAGACAAAGAGACAGUUCUGUUUCUGUUCCUCCAGGCGGUGUCCAGCAGCUGCAGGAUGAACUCAUCCACAGCUGACUCUCCCUCACUACCUUAUUUGACACCAGUGAUGCCUUCCAGAGCAGCUCCAGGUCCAUAUUUUCCAUGUGCGUCACCGCACUGGUUCUGGACUCUGAGAGUGACAGGUUGUCCCAGUCUUUGCUGAUGAAGGAUCUCGUUUAUUUACCGCCCUGAAUGCAGUAAACUAACGCAGAUGAUAACUUGAAUACUCUAGAGUUAAAGGUGGGGUAGUCAGGAUGUUUUGGGAGAAAUCUUGAAUGUUAACUCUACCCCUCCCAACCAGCAAGCCCCGCCCACAAACAGACGCUCCUGCUCGCUCGUAUCGUUCCAGUUAAAUUCAGAUAUAAUGCAGAUAAAUCCUUCAGAUCAUUACAAAUGGGGCCCAGUCAAGGUGAAAGUCAAAAGCAUUGGUGCUACUGUAGAUGCCAACAGACUACCAGCAAACACAAUGUUUGCAGGACUUCUACAACGAGGAUAAAGUGACAUAGUCCAGGACCUGAGGGAGGACAGUUUAGCGAUGGCGCUACAACACGCUACAGCAGGUCCGUUUGACAAGAAACACUUCUGUUACAGACACUUGUCUUACUUUGUUAAAGCGGUUUACCUGUCCAGCAGAAAGGUUACAGGGUCACCAAGAUCCCCAAGCGUCCCCCAUCGUUUAUGUUCACCCGGCUUUUUAGCUCUUGUCCGGUCUACCUCCGUUUUAAGCGCCCGUUAUUCCUCCAGAGUCUCCGGUAUUUACUUUGUUUUCUUGCUUGUGUCGGCAGUCGUGGCCAAAGGAGGAUUCAGACAAUUUUCCGAACUUUCUGGUUGGUUUCUCCUGUCCGAUAUUGUAGCACGCUAACUUUGUUUGGGCUCCUGAACGACACGGGGGAACAGCAUUUUCUUGUUUUCUUGUUGACUGUUUUGGUGUUGACUGUUUAUAGUUGACGUUUUCUUGCUGACUGUUUUCUUGUUGACUGUUUUGGUGUUGACUGUUUAUAGUUGACGUUUUCUUGCUGACUGUUUUUUUGCUGACUGUUUUGGUGUUGACUGUUUAUAGUUGACGUUUUCUUGUUGACUGUUUUCUUGCUGACUGUUUUUUGUUGACUGUUUUUUUGCUGACUGUUUUCUUGUUGACUGUUUUGGUGUUGACUGUUUAUGGUUGACUGUUUUCUUGUUGACUGAUUAUAGUUGACGUUUUCUUGCUGACUGUUUUCUUGUUGACUGUUUUCUUGUUGACUGAUUAUAGUUGACGUCUUCUUGUUGACUGUUUCCUUGCUGACUGUUUUUUGUUGACUGUUUUGGUGUUGACCGUUUUCCUGUUGACUGGUUUGGUGUUGACUGUGUUCUUGUUGACUGUUUUCUUGCUGACUGUUUUCUUGCUGACUGUUUAUGUUUGAGUGUUUUCUUGCUUGUGUCGGCAGUCGUGGCCAAAGGAGGAUUCAGACAAUUUUCCGAACUUUCUGGUUGGUUUCUACUGUCCGAUAUUGUAGCACGCUAACUUUGUUUGGGCUCCUGAACGACACGGGGGAGCAGCGUGAUUCCUGCCUAACCCACCUUUAACUUUUUAUCUCUAGACUGUAAACGUGUUUAUCUUUGCUGUAAAGUCGAUAUUUUAACACGGGGCUCUAUGGGGACUGACUCAUUUAAGGAGCCAGCCUCUAGUGGACAUUAGAGGAACUGCACCGGCUCUCUUUGUAAAAACAGGAGGUGAUUUCUUUGCAAGACAGUAAAUUGAAACUGUUGAGAUUUUAGACUGGAUGUUGAUAAAGAUGAGACAUUUCCACAACUCCGAUCUGGAACAGCAGCAAUUUUCACCGAUUACAGACAACAGGAAUUGCAAGAAAUCACAAGAACCCGCAUAUUCACAUAGGUUAACGAUAUAAGCAGUAGACUGUGUCCUUCCAGAGGAGGAAAUCUACUUGGAAGUUUGGGGCAACAAUCAGGACUUACCUGCAUUUUUGAUAUUUUUAUUGAAUCUAUUUGAUCUUGGCGUCUGUUUUCCUUCACAGUGACUUUGCACUUCGACUGGGUUUGCUGACAGGAACUGAGAUUUAGAGCUUUCUGUUAGUCUCAUUAGUCUGAGAGGAAAGCCGGCCCACAUCAUAGUGAUGGGCGUGUUUGUGGGUUAAAAAGAUUGAGGAAAUGACUGAGCAGACUGGGAGAGUCUGUCUGACAAUAAACCAUGAAGGAAGUUCUGCAGAAACAUUAAACUCGGGUUCUUCUGUGUGUCUGCUGUGAUUCCAGUUCUCCUCUCCGACUCUGUGAAGUCCUGAAGAUGAGCGUUUGUUUGGAGGGCUGCAGAGCGCCGUCUGCAGGACUGGGCUGUGUGUCCCUGAGGAGCGACAGACGGUCUAUGGGGGAGCCUAUUUUGUUCAAGGAAAAGAGACCGAGGUAAGAGAGAAGUUCUGGUUCUGUUUGGUUCUGAAGUGACGUGUUCAGAGCUGAACCCGGGUCCUCUGUGUGGGUUUUUAUUUCUGCAGAGUUCGGACAGAGAGAAAGUCCACCAGGAGUGACAGCAGGGACCACACCCCUCCAAAGUAAGAGUUCACGAUCGUAUGAAUGAAACGGACUCAUGAUCCAUGUACUGACCUCUCAGUGUGAAGAAGGAUUUACUGCGAAGAGAACAGAGUUACUCCUGCAGGAACAAAGAACCAGUUUGUAAAACCAGGAAAUAACCGAGUCUGUCUGACGGUCAGGCGACAUAAUCAGGUUUUAGAGGAGGUCAUGAGAUCAGGACUGGUAUGUGGAGAAACAAACAACAGAGAAGGAGAAAUAGUUAUCAGAUAUUUGAGCGCUGAGAGCGACCUGAAGGUGGUCAGAUCAGGAUGAUAAUAAUACAUAGACUAUAAUAAAUCAGCCAAUCAGAGUGAAGCGUGGUGGACUUUAAGAGGAAAUCCCCGAGGCGAAAAUAAACCUGCUGCUGCUAAAAAAGUUUAGCUGCUGUUUAUAAUAAUAAUAUUUAAAGAAGUGCUGACGUACAAGCAGAAGGCAAACAGAUCCAGAAUCUGCACGAGAACGUAGAGAUCGGGGCUCCACAGUGUGACCGUUUCACUCGCAUUAACGACUAAAAAUAGAUGUGUGUAAAAUAUAUUUAGGGUCACGAAUAAAAAAAAUCAACAAUUUUUUUUUUCUCCUGUAAAUACAGCGGUGAAGUUAGUUUUAGGUUGGAUAUAUUUUCCUGUAAAUACGGCGGUGAAGUUAGUUUCAGGUUGGAUAUAUUUUCCUGUAUAUACGGCGGUGAAGUUAGUUUCAGGUUGGAUAUAUUUUCCUGUAAAUACAGCAGUGAAGUUAGUUUCAGGUUGGAUAUAUUUUCCUGUAAAUAUGGCUGUGAAUUUAGUUUCAGGUUGGAUAUAUUUUCCUGUAAAUACGACGGUGAAGUUAGUUUCAGGUUGGAUAUAUUUUCCUGUAACUACGGCGGUGAAGUUAGUUUUAGGUUAGAUAUAUUUUCCUGUAUAUACGGCGGUGAAGUUAGUUUCAGGUUGGAUAUAUUUUCCUGUAAAUACAGCAGUGAAGUUAGUUUCAGGUUGGAUAUAUUUUCCUGUAAAUAUGGCUGUGAAGUUAGUUUCAGGUUGGAUUUAUUUUCCUGUAUAUACGGCGGUGAAGUUAGUUUCAGGUUGGAUAUAUUUUCCUGUAAAUAUGGCUGUGAAGUUAGUUUAAGGUUGGAUUUAUUUUCCUGUAUAUACGGCGGUGAAGUUAGUUUCAGGUUGGAUAUAUUUUCCUGUAAAUACAGCAGUGAAGUUAGUUUCAGGUUGGAUAUAUUUUCCUGUAAAUAUGGCUGUGAAGUUAGUUUCAGGUUGGAUUUAUUUUCCUGUAUAUACGGCGGUGAAGUUAGUUUCAGGUUGGAUAUAUUUUCCUGUAAAUACGGCGGUGAAGUUAGUUUUAGGUUGGAUAUAUUUUCCUGUAAAUACGGCGGUGAAGUUAGUUUCAGGUUGGAUAUAUUUUCCUGUAAAUACGGCGGUGAAGUUAGUUUCGGGUUGGAUAUAUUUUUCUGUAAAUACGGCGGUGAAGUUAGUUUCAGGUUGGAUAUAUUUUCCUGUAAAUACGGCGGUGAAGUUAGUUUCAGGUUGGAUAUAUUUUCCUGUAAAUACGGCGGUGAAGUUAGUUUUAGGUUGGAUAUAUUUUCCUGUAAAUAUGGCUGUGAAGUUAGUUUCAGGUUGGAUUUAUUUUCCUGUAAAUACGGCGGUGAAGUUAGUUUCAGGUUGGAUAUAUUUCCUGUAAAUAUGGCGGUGAAGUUAGUUUUAGGUUGUAUAUAUUUUCCUGUAAAUACGGCGGUGAAGUUAGUUUUAGGUUGGAUAUAUUUUCCUGUAAAUACGGCGGUGAAGUUAGUUCCAGGUUGGAUAUAUUUUCCUGUAAAUACAGCGGUGAAGUUAGUUUCAGGUUGGAUAUAUUUCCUGUAAAUAUGGCGGUGAAGUUAGUUUUAGGUUGGAUAUAUUUUCCUGUAAAUACGGCGGUGAAGUUAGUUUUAGGUUGGAUAUAUUUUCCUGUAAAUACGGCGGUGAAGUUAGUUUCAGGUUGGAUAUAUUUUCCUGUAAAUACGGCGGUGAAGUUAGUUUCAGGUUGGAUAUCUGACGGACAUUCUCUGAGGAUCUACCGGUGUCUUCUCACUCUCCAUAACCGGGAAUAACAACAGCAGCGCGGUUAAAUCUACUCGACACCCUCACUGUCAACGUCGGUGUUGAAUAAGGGACCGUCAAUAAAGUACCGGUUGAUGUUCUCAGAAAAGGCUGUUUUCUUCAAUAGCUUCACUGUCAUGUGACCAAAAGACCUAAAAUUGAUUUAUAAUGAUAGUACUAAGGUCGAUCAAUAAGACAAACAUUAUUGAUCAGUUUUCAUUGAUCCUCUAAAGUUCUUUGUGCUCCUCACUUUUUCAGUUCGUGUCGAGCCCUGGAGACCGUCUAUUUCCGCAGAAAGUUUCAGUUUUCAGUUUCAAUCUGUCAAACUGAAGUGAAACCCUGUUUCUGAACGGUCUGUUAGACAGUAACAUGGAAAUAACAUGUUUACACCUGCGGGGACAGUACAGGUUCAGGAUUUAACAGGUUCAGAGUCCACCUGUUCUGAGGGUUUUCACAUAAAUGUUGAACCAAACCAGAGUCAAACCGAAUUUCCAAAGAUCCAGUUUUCAACCUCUAAUUCUGACCCUGAUGAUCAUCUAAAUCCUGUGAUGGUUUCUAAAGUCCUCUUCAUGUCCACAGUGUGAGGACCAGGUUCAAAGAGGGCCUGCAGAACCGCCGUCGCCCAAGUCUGAACUCAACCACGACCAGUUAUGGACGUCUUAGGAACUCGUGCCAGAACCAGUCCGGUUCAACAAAAACCCAAGACAGAACUGGAUGUGACCGGCAAACCCACAGUCAGACCAGAACCAUCAGAGGUAAGACUGAAUGUAGGUCCCCGGUCCUGGUUUUGAACACCAGGACCUUUAGAGGUGCGGACUACUGACUUUGUAGACGGGUGACAAUCAAAGAUCUGAGACGUAGUUCUCGGACUGGUGUUGGGUUUUGACGGGACAGUAAGAUAAAAAGGAGAACAAGAACUACGAACGCAGGUAUGUUAGUUCAGGAUCUUGUUUCCUCAGAAUCAGAACCUGAAGAACCGGGUCACGGAGGUUCUAACCAAAGUUAAAAAAAGUGGGUCCGUCUAUUUUCUAAAAGGUCUCGGAGGACAAACUUUUCCACAGACGAAGAAAAGUCUCAACGAUGAGGGUCAAAGAUCAGAGAUAACGGUCUCUGGAGUCAGCAGAAACCACCUGGACAGGUGAGCUCCUCAGAUAACCUCCCAGACUCUGCUGACUGAGACCUCAGGUGACUCUGAUCCGAGAGUCGCAAACAAACAUCGUCAUCGUACAGAAGAAGACGAUUGAGGCUAUUAUUAGCCUUCAUCCGCCAUGCUCCGGCGUUCGGAAAAAAUAGUCCGACGAUCCUCAGAGGAACGGAAAGAAGUCGGUGUAAAUCGACACGUUAACUUGAAUGGUUACGAUCAGCUACGAUCGUAGGAUACGACCUUUUAGGAGACGAUCAGGAUGAAGGUGGAGGUCGGAGGUUAUUCUUGAAUUUUGUUUAACCUCUUUCAUUUUUCUGUUGUCUUUUUUCUUCGUGGACUUCAGGUCAACCAGCGGAGCUUCACGCCUAUAAGGAGGGUCUAAGGAGGAAAUGUGAAUGUGCAGCUGAAGGGUCCGAUGAAAGAGGGAGGAAGACCCUCCUCAACAGGAUCUUCACUGAGCUCUACAUCACAGAGGGACUGAGUGAAGAGGUGAACACCCAACAUGAGGUGAGACAGCUGGAGACAGCUUCAAAGAUGGAGACCCUCCAUGACACGCCCAUCAGGUGUCAUGAGAUCUUUCAAACCUUACCUGACCAACAGAAGAAGGUCAUCAGAGUGGUUCUGACCAACGGCGUGGCUGGUGUUGGAAAAACCUUCUCAGUGCAGAAGUUCACUCUGGACUGGGCAGAGGGUUUGGAGAACCAAGACCUCCAUCUGGUGGUCCUGCUUUCAUUCAGGGAGCUGAACCUGAUCAGAGAUGAGCGCUUCAGUCUUCUGAGUCUGCUCCAUGUUUUCCAUCCAACACUAGAGAAGGUCACAGCAGAGACGCUGGCUGUCUGUAAACUUCUGUUCAUCUUUGACGGUCUGGAUGAAAGCAGACUGUCUCUGGAUUUCACAGACUCUGAGGUGGUGUCUGACGUCACACAGACGUCUUCACUGAACGUUCUGUUAACAAACCUCAUCAAGGGGAACCUGCUCCCCUCAGCUCUCAUCUGGAUAACUUCUCGACCUGCAGCAGCCAAUCAGAUCCCUCCUUCUCGUGUGGACAGGGUAACAGAAGUACGAGGCUUCACUGACGCCCAGAAGGACGAGUACUUCAGGAAGAGGUUCAGAGAUGAAGAUCUGUCCAGAAGAAUCAUCUCACACAUCAAGUCCUCCAGGAGCCUCCACAUCAUGUGUCAGAUCCCGGUCUUCUGCUGGAUCACUGCGACAGUUCUGGAGGACAUGAUGAGCAGAGAGCAGAGAGGAGAGCUGCCCAAGACCCUGACUGACAUGUACUCACACUUCCUGCUGGUCCAGACUAAGAGGAAGAAGCAGAAGUAUGAAGGAGGACAUGAGACAAGUCCUCAGGAGCUGACUGAGGCUGACAGUGAAGUCCUCCUGAAGCUGGGGAGGCUGGCCUUUGAACAUCUGGAGAAAGGAGACAUCAUGUUCUACCAAGAAGACCUGGAGCGGUGUGGUCUGGAUGUCUCAGAGGCCUCGGUGUACUCAGGAGUUUGUACAGAGAUCUUCAGAAGAGAGAGUGUGAUCUUCCAGAAAACUGUUUACUGUUUCGUUCAUCUGAGCGUUCAGGAGUUCCUCGCCGCGGUCUACAUGUUCCACUGUCACACCAACAGGGUCAUGAAGACACUUGAGUCAUUUCUGGGGAAAGCCUGGGGUCCUUUUCGUGUCUGUGACCCCUCUUUAGAUGUGUUCCUCAGAAGUGCCAUGGAAAAAUCCCUGAAGAGCAAAAAUGGACACUUGGACUUGUUUGUCCGUUUCCUCCACGGUCUGUCGCUCAAAUCCAACCAGAGACUCUUAGGAGAUGUUUUAAAUCCAGUGGAGGACCAUCAGGGAACCAUCCACGAAGUUAUCAACAGUCUGAAGCAGAUGAGCACCUACAACAUCUCUCCAGAAAGAGGCAUCAACAUCUUCCACUGUCUGGUGGAGAUGAACGACUGCUCAGUCCAUCAGGAGAUCCAAGAGUUCCUGAAGUCAGAGAACCGAUCCCAGACCAAACUCUCUGAGAUCCUCUGCUCUGCUCUGGCCUACAUGCUGAAGAUGUCCGAGGAGGUCGUGGAAGAGCUGGACAUGAAGGUCUACAGGACAUCGGAGGAGGGGCGGCUGCGACUGAUCCCAGCUGUGAGGAACUGCAGAAAGGCUCGGUGAGUCCAGGACCAGAACUUAUGCAGAUCAUACCGUAGACUCUCAGAGUAGGCCCAGAUGGACUUUGAGGAACAUCUUGAUUCCUGUGUAGAGAAGAAGCACUGGAGGUCAGCAGCUUGGGUAAGAACAAAAUCAGACAGCAGGAACAGAUGGAGGAGGUGGGUGGAGGUGGGAGGUGAAUCUUCUGACUGUAGUGGGUGUAGCUCCAUCCUGUAGACUCAGUCAGAUCAGUGUUUGGUGUUUCUUUGACAGUGGAGAUGUAGAUAUUUUGAAGAUCUCCUCGGUGGAGAUCCAGCUGUGGAGAAGGUCACACUGAAGAUUUGGUCCAGUAAUCAGACUUCCUCUGCAGGGUCUGCUGCGGUCGACUCUUUGACCCCCACUGUGAGGUCUUGGCCUCGGCUCUGAAGUGUAACCCGUCCCAUCUGACAGAACUGGAUCUGAGUACCAACAAGCUGCAGGAUUCAGGAGUGAAGCUGCUGUCUGCUGGUCUGGAGAGCCCACAUUGUCGCUUGGAGACCCUCAGGUCUGACAGACGACCGGAACAGAUUCUGGUUUUUACUUUUGUCGACAUGAUCCGCAUGUUCAAGUCUCUCUCUUCGUUUAGAUUAUCGGACUGCUGGUUAUCGGAGGACAGCUGCGUUUCUCUGGCCUCAGCUUUGAAGUCCAAGACCUGCCCCCUAAGACAGCUGGACUUAAGCAACAACAAGCUGCAGGAUUCAGGAGUGAAGUUCCUCUCUGUUGGACUGGAGAGUCCAAACUGCAGACUGGAGACUCUCAGGUAAGAUACUCUUGCACGGUUGAUAUAAAGUCUUAAUCUAGAUCAGGGGUGGGCAACCAUGUGCCAUGGAGGACCGAGAGGCUGAGGUGAUUUUACUGAUCAGUGAACUCACCUGGUGGAGUUUUGGGUUGGACAGAACCUGCAGCCUCUCGGUCCUCCAUGGCACACAGUUGCCCACCCCUGAUCUAGGCUGAUUUAACUUCAUCUGAACUUUGUGAUGCUAACGCUGCCUUCCUCUCUUUUUAGUCUGAGGCACUGUGGUUUAUCAGGAAGCAGCUGUUCUUCUCUGGCCCUGGUCCUGAGGUCCAAAACCUCCAGUUUAAGAGAACUGGACCUGAGUUUUAACCAGUUGGAGGAUUCAGGAGUGAAGCUGCUGUCUGUUGGACUUGAGAGUCCGCAGUGUGGUCUGGAGACUCUGAGGUGAGUUUGUUUUGGUCCCUGUCGAUCCGGUAUCACUGGUUCUGGAUUUGUCGGACACGGUCAGUGAUACUCGGUUUUUCUUUUCUCUGUUUUUUUAGAUUGAGUUUCUGCGCCCUGUCAGAGUUGAGUUGUGUUUAUUUAUCAUCUGCUCUGAAGUCCAACCCCUUCACUCUGAAAGAGCUGGACUUGAGUGAGAACCAGCUGCUGGACUCAAAACGGCUCCAUGAGGAACAAGACGGUUCACACUGUCGGCUGAACCGCUGA